GUUACCGUCCACUUUAAGAAAUGGAUUUCAGCUUGAGGGGAGUGAACCGAAGCCCGAACGGCCCCCGCGGCGCGUGGUUGUAGGACGAGAUCAAAAGGCGCGUGGUGUGCGCCUCGAACGCCUCCGUUUACUUCAGUUGUGAGCAGCGCGUGCUGCUUAUCGGUCGGUGGUGUCUGCUCGAGCGGCCGUCUUUUCUGCUCUCUGUGACUGUGUAGGAGCGCUCGUGUGUGUAUGUGUAGUUUGCGCGUGGACAGGCAGAAUCAAAGACGAAGCAGGCCAGCGCGAGGUUGCAAGAAAAGGCAAGCAGGAUCGAGGCAGCCCGCGAGCGCUCAGCUAGCAACGGUUACGGUACACUGCGAGAAAUGGUCACUUAUACACCGGGAGUCCUUCUGCUGCUAACAUGUCUCCAGCACUGCAUGAACGUCCACGGUACUAAGACAGAAUGUGAGGCCAGCCAGUUUCAGUGUGGGAACGGUCGCUGCAUCCCGUCCGUCUGGCAGUGCGAUGGAGACGAGGACUGCACCGACGGCAGUGACGAGAACACCUGUGUCAGAAAGACGUGUGUGGAGGUGGACUUCGUGUGUCGCAACGGCCAAUGUGUCCCGAAGCGAUGGCACUGCGACGGGGAGCCGGACUGCGAGGACGGGUCCGACGAGAGCGUAGAAAUCUGCCACAUGCGGACGUGUCGUGUGAACGAGUUUAGCUGCGGAGCGGGCUCCACUCAGUGUAUCCCCACCUUCUGGAAGUGUGACGGAGAGAAGGACUGCGACAAUGGAGAGGACGAAGUCAACUGUGGUAACAUCACCUGCGCUCCAAACGAGUUCACGUGCUCCAGCAGUCGCUGCAUCUCCCGUAACUUUGUGUGUAACGGCGAGGACGACUGUGGCGACGGCUCGGACGAGGUGGAGUGCGCGCCGUCCUCCUGCGGCCCCAGCGAGUUCCAGUGUGGAAACUCCUCGUGCAUCCCGGCCAGCUGGGUGUGUGACGACGACGUGGACUGCCAGGAUCAAUCCGAUGAGUCUCCCUCUCGCUGCGGCCGCCACCCGACGCCGCCCGCCAAGUGUUCGUCCAGCGAGAUGCAGUGCCGCUCAGGGGAGUGCAUCCACAAGAAGUGGAGGUGUGAUGGAGACCCCGACUGCAAAGACGGCAGCGACGAAGCCAACUGUCCUGUACGGACGUGUGGAUCGGAUCAGUUCAAAUGUGACGAUGGAAAGUGUGUCCUGGGCAGCAGGCAGUGCAACGGCCUCCGAGACUGCGCUGACGGUUCAGACGAGGUCAACUGCAAAAACAUGACUCAGUGUAACGGACCAGAGAAGUUCAAGUGUCGCAGCGGGGACUGUAUCGAGAUGAGCAAAGUGUGCAACAAAGCCCGAGACUGUCCCGACUGGAGCGACGAACCCAUCAAAGAAUGCAACUUCAACGAGUGUCUCCUGAACAACGGCGGCUGCUCUCACAUCUGCAAAGACAUGGUGAUCGGCUUCGAGUGCGACUGCACGCCUGGACUUCAGCUCAUCGACCACAAGACCUGCGGAGACAUCAACGAGUGUAUGAACCCCGGCAUCUGCAGUCAGAUCUGCAUCAACCUGAAGGGCGGCUACAAGUGUGAGUGCCACAACGGCUACCAGAUGGAUCCCACUACCGGAGUCUGCAAGGCUGUUGGUAAGGAGCCCUGCCUGAUCUUCACUAACCGCAGAGACAUCCGCCGCCUCGGCCUGGAGAGGAAGGAGUACACUCAGAUCGUGGAGCAGCAGAGGAACACCGUGGCUCUGGAUGCUGACUUUGGCCAGCAGCUGAUCUUCUGGGCUGACCUAGGCCACAGGGCCAUUUAUAGUUCUUCCUGUCUUCGACUGCCAUAUCUCUCUCCUUAUCAUCUUUUCUCCUUGACCAACAUGACCAUCCCCACUUCUCCCUUUUAUCACUCCUUUCUUUCCUUGUCAUUAUUCAAUCCCUUCUUUCUUGCUCUGCCGUCGAUAUACUCCCAUUUAUCAUCCAUUCUUGUUAUUUCUCCCUCUACUUUUUCUCCCCUCUCCUGGUUGUUCUUGUGCUUCAUCUUCCUCUCAGAUCUGAUCAAAGGCAGGCUGUACUGGGUCGACUCGAAGCUGCACAUGCUCUGUAGCGUGGAUCUGAACGGAGACAACAGGAAGAAAGUGCUCCAGUCUUCAGAGUACCUGGCUCAUCCCUUCGCGCUCACUGUUUUUGAGGAUCGAGUGUUCUGGACGGACGGUGAGAAUGAAGCCAUCUACUGCGCAAACAAGUUCACUGGCGCUGACGUGGUGACGCUCGCCAGCAACCUGAACGACCCGCAGGACAUCAUCGUGUACCACGAGCUGAUCCAGCUGUCGGGUACUAACUGGUGUGUGGAGAAAGGUGAGAACGGGGGCUGCAGCUACAUGUGUCUUCCCGCACCGCAGAUCAACAAACACUCUGCCAAAUACACGUGUGUGUGCCCCGACGGACAGGAGCUGGCCGCUGACGGUCUACGCUGCAGGCCCGGUGAGUCGUGGUGCUAACACUUCAUUUACUUA